CUAUUUAUAAAGUUGCCAGCUUGCAAUGACUUCACCAUAGAGCUCUCGUCGCCAUCUUCCUCCUUUUACAGAGUCCAUUUAGACGAGUGCAGUUCAUUACAUUGCUAGAACGAGGCAAAAAUGUCUGCUCAUUUAUCAUGGAUGAUUGUUCGUAACAAUAACGCUUUCUUGAAGAAGAAGCGUAAUAUUAACAAGCCUUUCAGCUCUGAGCCAAACAAUUUGACAAAUUUAAGCUCCUUCAGAUACAAUGGUUUUGUCCACAAGAAGACUGUUGGUGUUGUUCCAGCAGACAAAGGAGGCUUUACAGUUGUAUACAAAAAACCAAAAUGCCAGCAUCGACCAGCAAAGGCAACUGUUAAACGUACCAUGAAAUCAGGUCCAAGACGCUCCCUUCAUAAACUGCGUAAUCUUCUCAAUGCCAAUGGAUACCGCAGUGACUUGACCAAAGUUGCUUUGAGAAGAGCUAGUGCUGUUUUGAGGUCUCAAAAGCCUGUUCCUGAGAAGAAAAAGGCAUCUAAGAAAAUGGAAUAAAUUGUAUAUUUGCAAAUAAAAUCAUAAAAAUUUCAAA